AGAUUACGGAAAUUUGGCAGGCAGUCGGCGCUGGAAACGUGCGCGUGCCAUUUGCAGUUAUCUCGCCGUUGCGGAUUACCGGCUUCAAAGUCUGUUGAUUUGUGCACGAGUUGCGCCGUUUCCUCGUUUGCCUGUCAUAUUAGACAACCCGCAUUAUGGCCCGUGCGUUGAUUAUCCUGAUGGGAUGCGGCUGGAUGUUGGCCGCGGUGGAGGCCGGCCUAUGGGAAGGCAACCGCAACCUGGACGUCAACGUGCCCUGCUUCAGUCUGGGCAAGAUCCGGCUGCCCAACGGCGACCUCUCGCAGGGCCUGAUCAACUCCGGCAAGUGCACGUGCCGGCAGGCGCGUCUGCAGGCCGGUCUGCCGCAGUUGCAGGGCCAGACGCGCGGCUUCCAGCCGGACUGCGAGGCGGACGGGCGCUUCACCACGCAGCAGACGCUGACCAACACCGGCUACAUCUGGACGGUGGACGCGCAGGGCAACCAGAUCUCCACCUUCGGCCGGCAGAACGCCCUGCGCCCGGGGGCCGCCGCCCCGCGCCCGGCGGUGGCCAGUAAUCCGUUGGUGGGCGGCGCCAGCCGGGCCGCCCAGGGACCGUACAUCCUGCGGCCGCAGCAGUUCUUCAACCAGCAGUUCAAGUAGCAUCGGCAGCGACUAGCAUCCCGCACGGCUGCCGGGACUACUGCCUAGUGCCGACUCCAUCUCGGUAGCGAAUGUAAUGCUAAUUGUCUGCAUAUGGAGUCUGUCCAUCGGCUUAUUUAUUUGGGACUGGGCUCAAGUGUGGCGUGUGUACUUGUACACUCAGUUAAGAUUAGUCGACAAUACCAGUAUAGAUUCUGUGAUUGUGCGGGUUCAACAACGAGGUGCACUCGGUUUGUAUUACUGAUUUCAUUGCAUAAUAGCCAUUAAUUCAA